AUGGAUUCCCUUGGUUCGCCUUCGAUUUUCCUCUCUCUUCUCCGCCACGCUUGCCAUGCAUGCACUCGAUUGUCGAGACGCAGAAUUCAUCACACGGGGAACCUUUUUCGACUUGUCUCUCUCGUCUUUGCUCUGAGCAUUUGCUGUCCAUCUCUCGCAUCUGGAAGAAAAUGGCUUCCCGGCCCCGUGGGGACUUCCCCUUUCUUGGGUUCUUUCCCCAACCAAAACCGCCUCUGGAACCAUGCUCUGCAUGCAGAAGGCGGGCAGGCCGAGGCUCUGCUGUGGGCGCACAGUUUGGUCUCACCCAGUGGACGAGGUGAAACUAUCUUCUGGCCGCGCGUGCAUUGUCUAGACACCAGAGCGGCGGCAGUGGAGCGCCAUGGAAGUCUCGGUUCUGUGGAGAAGCCGGGAGAGGCACUUGCACCGCCUGGAGGCGCUCGUGUGUUUUCUUCUGCAUGCAAAGAGGAAGGUCAUUCGCACAAAGUUCUCAGGGCUCAUGCGAACUGCUCAGCGCGGUUCACUUCCUACAGAAAACUGGGCAGAGAACUGCAUUCUUCUUUGCGGCCUGGAGGCCCACUGGCGAUUGAUGCUCACUCUUCUCGUCCUUCUGCGUUUCCUUCUUCAUCUUCUUUUGCCUCUCUUGCCUGCACUCUUUCCCUCUCUCGGCCGUUGUGGCCUACCACUUCGACAGCACUUGCAUGCAAAGGACCUCUUCUCCGACAGGUCGGUAAAUCGGUUCGUUGCUGUGGGUUCCUCUUCUCUGGCGACUGUUCGAGGCCUUCGAGGGUCCUGUCUUUCCUCUCAUCUCGCUGGUUCGUCUCUCAGUUCCCUCGGCCGCGCGUCUCUUUCUCGGCUUCCUCGUCGCGGGACUGGUCCGCCUCUCAGGCCUGUGUUCGAGGCUUUGAGUUCAGUCUGACCUGCCCAGGAAAAAGGCCGUACGAGAAUGCAGCCUUUCAGACGCAGCUGUGGAUGACGAGGAGCCGCAGCAAGCCAAAGUAUCGCGCCGCACAUCCGGGGCUGAAGCAGAUGAUUCUCCGCGAGAAAUUCUGGACCCGGUUCGACCCAAAUCGAAACAAACUUGUGCAUACACCCGAGUACCAAGAGUUGCUUGUCUCCGAGCGCCGCCGCGCCCUCCAGAGAGAGGUGGAGGAUUUGUCCAGUCGCGGCGAAGGGCAAGAAGAUGCGAAAGGCGACGCGGGGGUGAACAGAACCAGCGAACAGGCUUCUCUCAUUCGUACCUGCCUGACGGAGCCGGAGGAGGAGAACGUCGAACUCAGCGAUGAGCAGAAACGCGAAGUCCACAGACGCGAGGUUCGCUAUCUUCAGCAGCAGCCGAAGUUUCGCCAGAAGCAGUGGGGCAGCGGACGCUUCAAGAAGGAGGAGGGAUACCUCUUUCGCCUCCUCGAAUCGCACAGACAGAAACUGCGAGAGCACGAUGUGAAACGGAGACAGAGACAACUCGCAGCCCAACGCCUCGCGGAGCUCUCCCAGGCCCUCGCGGCCGAUGAAGACAAGACCACAGGCGGCGAUCGAGACACGGACGAGAUUCUCGAAGUCGAGGAUGAGCGCAUCCGCCGGCGAAUCAGGGAAGCAAACAAGGAGCUGAGCUACUCGUUUGUGAUCACGCAAGUUGUGCCCUACUUGGCUCGGCUCGAACAGCAGACGGUGAAGGACUCUGUCGCGGCCUGGCACCAGAGAAUGGACAAGUCGCUUUGCCCGGGAGAAGAAGAAGAGACGAACUCAUUCGAGGUCGGUCCGGCCUCUCUCUUGCACCAGGUGCAGCGGCUUCACCAAAAAAAGAAUCUUCACAAAGGCCCGCAGCAAGUGCUUUCGGUGUAUGAACAGCAGCAGAUGUUCCUCGGGAACGUCGGCUUCCUCGACCCGGUGGCGGAGAGGAAACGCAGAAGUGGAUGCGGCAGAAACCGAGAAGACGAACGAUUUCUUGGGCGCCUGAGAAUCGCCGCGGCCCGCACACGAUCGAUCUACCUCCAAUUUCUUGUGGAUCUCCACUUCAUCUUCACCAGCUUCGAAGAAUUCCUCACGGACGGUCUCGAGGCGCUUCUGAACGAUCCCCGCAGCUCCAAAGAAGACCAGAGAGGUUUCGCAGACGAGGAGACAGGCGUCACAGAUGAAAACAAGCGUCCUGGAGAAGUGCAAACGAAUUCGAGACAAAGCGAGGAAGAAUCUGCGGGAAACAUGGAGAGUCGUGGCGCAUCUCGCGAAGACACUGGAAAUUCACGGAGUCCGGAAAGGUGGCGAACCCGUGAACACCUUGAGGAGUUUGUCAGCACUCUGAGCUUCCAAAAAGGCUUCCGGUCGGCAGACGAUGUCUUUUCCAUUUGCCAUCUCAUCAAGCGGAAUCCGCCGGCGCCGAGUGCAGAGGCUCAGGUGUUCAUCCUGAGGCUCGCUGAUCUCAUGCACAAGGAUUUCAUUCGGGCUCUCGCACGGAUUUAUCACUUCCAUAAGGAGUGGAGUGUGGCAGGGCGGUUCUUUCUGGCUGCCGUCACUACGCGCCAGCAGCUUCUUCCUAAGAAACUGAAACUGACCAUGUGGGACGCAGACACAGAUUCGCUCGAGCUUGCCAUCGAUGUCGUUUCGCUGUCGUGGACUCCUGCCGAGAAGGAAGCGUUCCUCGAGGAACUUCAGUUCGCCGCGGCCGAUGCACAAGCCGCCGUGGCACAACCGCUUUUAGAGGGAAUAAAAGCGGGUCUGCAUGCGGUAAUGCAUGACGGCUCGAAUGUGAAAAAACGCAGAAAACGUCAACAGGCAGAAGAAGGAGACAUAGAGGACAUGGCUGAGGGAAACCAGCCAGAACGGGAACCGACAGAUCAAAUCACACAGGGUGAAAGCGACGGAAGCCCCAAUGACACUUAAAUCGAGGAAGGAGGAAAGUGGAAUGAGGGCAAUGGUGGAGCACCCGCAGCGGAAGAAGGUCCUGCAGAUUUUGGAAAGUUUCGGAUAGACCAGGCGGUAGAGAGCAGCUCUCGUACCGCAGAAACUAAACAUCGCCGUCGACAGCAUCAGAACGAUGCCACAGAAACGGAGAGCUUUCCUCGAGGAAAGAAGGAACAGUUCCGCGCGAGUGAGACAGUGGGAAUUGUGGAGGCAUGAGCGGCACGAGAGCGCAGAACAGUCUAGAAAGCAGUGCAAACCAUGAGCAUGAAUUGCGACGGUGGGGUAUUGGCUAUGGAAAGGACGAAGUCUCCUCGAUCCUUUUCGCGUCCUGAAUACACUGGAUAUCCGUGUCUUUACCGCUGGAUAGAGCCGUGGGGGACUGCCUUCACAGGCAAUUUGCUGUAGAUGCUUCCAUAGUCGUGGACAGACAAUUUUGAAAGUGUUUUUCUGGCCUUUUCAUCAAAUUCGAAACCCGUUUUCCUACCUCCUGUUACACUAAAGUUUCCAGAAAAUUGUUACAUUC